AUGGAGUCUUACAAGGAGCUCACUUGUGAGUUUUUGGCUCAUGAGCAUCACAGUUUGAUGAGCUCGAUCGAGCUGAGUUGGACCAAGGCUGGGGGUAACCAUGGAACAUCAAGGAAGAAGAACUCCAAAGAGUUUGGGCUACAAUCGCUGAAGAGGGGUACUCUUCCUCAAGGUCCAAGGCUGCUCAGAUCAGGAGUCCCAGUGCUUAGAUAUGUGCACAAGGCUCUUGCCAACACCUUCUUUGCAAGGAAAGCCACUGGACAAUCAAUGAGGGAGAAGUGA